CCAUUAAUCCAGGAUGCAUUCGCCGUUAAGGGAUGUAGUUGUCCAUUCUUGGAAGGCGGUGACUCAGGUUCGCUCGUUUUCGUUCAUGACAAGAAUAACCAGAAACAGGUGUUUGCCUAUGGGGUUUGCGAAGUGGAUGAGCUUCUCUUACCAGAACAGCACGAGUUAGCGAGUUCUUACUGUUUUGAUGAAGACGAGUCUGAGUCUGAACAGGAAAUCGAGGAUGAGAAUGAAACUACGUCUGAGAGUUUUGAGGCUGAAUGCAAGGAUGAAAAAAGUGAAUGUGAAGAUGGAUGGCAAGAUAAAGCUAAAUUGGAAUGUGAAAAAGAAUGGGUAGUUUUUCAGGAAGAAAGUGAGAGCGACAUUUCGGAGAAGGAAAUGGAGAGAGAAGAAAGAAAUUCCAAGAAGAAAGUGGAAGCGUCAGGGCCAUACUUCAUCUGUCUUAGAUUAGAUACGGCUUUAGAAAACCUAGGACUUGAGGAAGCAGCUUGUUUUCACAAUUGUGGCUGUAACUGA